AUGAGAAACACCGCCGCAAUUCGGCAGCCGCUCGACGACGAGGACGUCGUCAACGAGAUCCUUUGCCGCCUCCCACCACAACCCUCCUCGGUCCUCUGUGCCUCGCUCGCCUCCAAGCUCUGGCGCAACCUCACCGUCUCCUCCGCCUUCCGCCGCCGCCUCCGCGCCCACCACCGUCACGCCCCCAUCCUCGGCGUCUACGAGAAGCACGCCAGGACGUUCCAGUUCAUCCCCGCGUUUGACGCUCCAUAUCGUAUUCCGACCGAGAGGUUCUCGCUGAAGGUCUGUGCCGACCACAGUCACAAAGUGGACAACUGGAUUGUGCUUUGGUGCCGCCACGGCCGCGUCCUCAUCAUCAAUCAGACCCGGCGCGAGCUCCUCGGGUUCGAUCCAAUCUCCAGUGAUCUCUGCGUCGUGGCCAUCCCGACGGACUUCGUGAACAAAGCCUACACCACCAAUGGAGCUGUGGUGGUGUUGGUGGGCGUCUGGGGCAAUCGCGGCGACGGAGACCUCUCCGCCCGCAUCUACUCCUCUGAGAGCGGCGUGUGGGGCAACCUCGUGUCGGCGCCGGAAGGCCCAAAACCAUGCCGCGUUGGCCGUCUCCCAUGCACCCUCGCCAGCAAUGGGCUCUACUGGUGGCUAACUGAGCCUCACGGAUGCAUACUCCACUUUGAUUUGGGUAGCCAACGGCUAGCCGUGAUCAACAGGCCUCCGGUCACCGGCAUCAACAUCGGCUGCAGCCGGAUCAUCUGGCAGAGGACGGCGGCAUCGUCCUCGCCAUUCUGUCCUACCCCACUUUCUGGAUGUAUGACCGCAAGGUGGGUUCCCAUGGUUCUGCCACUUGGGUGA